AAUUGACCGCCACCCGUGAGCGAAUCGUUCGCUCGAUCUCGCUCUGUCGAUCGAGUCCGGUUGUGGAAGCCAUUUUAUUCUUGUGAAUGUGACAAAGUAUUUUUUGUGAUUUUCGUACUUAUAGGAAUCGUGUCAAUGUGUACCUCCACUGAGUGUAUUUCGUGACGUGUGAUCGUGCUUCUAAAAUUGAGAAUGUACGUGUUUAAAAUCGGGUUGUGUUGACCUGCCCUGUUUCUUACGCGGUCGCACAGCAGGCAUCGAUUAGUGCAGCAAGGCGGCCUCUAAUAACGGCGAGUCGAGGGUGUAGAACCAGUUUGUGGUGUGCGCCAUGGGCAACAAUGCUGCCACCGCCAAUAAGAAGGUGGACGCCGCCGAAAGCGUCAAGGAGUUCCUUGACCAGGCUAAAGAGGACUUCGAAGAGAAAUGGAAGAAGAAUCCUACCAACACCGCCGGAUUGAACGAUUUCGAGCGGAUAAAAACAUUAGGUACUGGCUCCUUUGGUAGAGUCAUGAUAGUCCAACAUAAACCUACGAAAGAAUAUUAUGCUAUGAAAAUAUUAGAUAAACAGAAAGUCGUAAAAUUGAAGCAAGUUGAACAUACGUUAAACGAGAAGCGAAUUUUACAAGCUAUCAACUUCCCCUUCCUCGUGAGCCUCAAGUUCCAUUUCAAGGACAACUCGAACCUGUACAUGGUGUUGGAGUAUGUGCCAGGCGGUGAGAUGUUCUCGCACCUGCGCAAGGUCGGCCGCUUCUCGGAGCCGCACUCGCGGUUCUACGCAGCGCAAAUUGUGCUAGCGUUUGAAUACCUUCACUAUUUGGACCUCAUUUAUCGGGAUUUGAAGCCUGAAAACCUUCUAAUCGAUUCGCAAGGCUACCUCAAAGUAACAGAUUUUGGUUUUGCAAAGCGUGUCAAGGGCCGUACGUGGACGCUGUGCGGCACGCCCGAAUACCUGGCACCGGAAAUCAUCCUCUCUAAAGGUUACAACAAAGCGGUCGACUGGUGGGCGCUCGGAGUCUUAGUAUACGAAAUGGCGGCUGGCUACCCGCCUUUCUUUGCAGAUCAACCCAUCCAGAUUUACGAAAAAAUCGUUUCGGGUAAGGUUCGGUUCCCCUCCCACUUCGGGUCGGACCUGAAGGACCUCCUCCGCAAUCUACUGCAGGUCGAUCUGACAAAGCGCUACGGCAACCUAAAGGCUGGCGUGAAUGACAUAAAAGGCCACAAAUGGUUUGCCAGCACCGACUGGAUCGCCGUCUUCCAGAAGAAGAUCGAGGCCCCGUUCAUCCCGCGCUGCAAGGGCCCGGGCGACACCAGCAACUUCGACGACUACGAGGAGGAGGCAUUGCGUAUCUCAUCGACUGAGAAGUGUGCGAAGGAGUUUGCCGAGUUCUGAGCGCACAGCUGGUGCCUGCGAGCGGACACUCCCGUGAGUAGGUGUUUUUAGUGAAUCUUCCGUGACAUUGUCGUGGAACGGUGACGAGUGCGACUCUUUGCCGACAGCUUUGGGUGAUUAUAGACGCUGAGGCGGCCCCUGGCUGGCACCCCAAUGUGGAUCAAAUUUGGAGUGUAGGCAAGAUGAUAGUAGAACUGAUUUCCGAUAUUUCGGUGGCGUUCAUUUGCUUAGUGCCCUUUCAAGUUGACAUAACAUACAGCAGGUAGAGGAGCAGCAGUGACCCUUGUUCUGGUGAUAUCCCGAGUGUUACCACUGACACACUGUACCGUGGUGUUCCCCAGCACUCAAUGUCUUGCUACCUGAUUGUUCAUUACGUACAUGGUAGUUUGCUGUUGAUAGCAUUGGGAUGUGGUGAGCUUUAUUAUUAUAUAAUAUUUUUUAUUGUUUUUACGAAAUCAAAAAUACAAUUUUGUAAUAUGUAAUAUUGAUCAAAUUUUUCUUGUUGCUUUUUAAGAUUCACAAUCAAACUUCUCAAUUUCGAUUUAAUCUAUUUACAUCACUUAACCAUCAACUUAGAGCAAUUGCGACAACCAUCACUAAUAAUUUUAGUAGACUACUGAAAUGGAUUUCCUAAAACUAUGUAUUACUUAUCUUGAUGGAAUGUUAUCAUUAAUUGUGUAUAGGUUUUAAUUAAUUGACAUUUCGUUAUUGGUUUUAUUAAUUUAUAAGGUUAUUAAUAUUGUUGUAUCAGUUGAUAUUUUUAACUAAGGAACUAUAACUACAUCAAAUAUUGAAGAGAUUAAUUUAUUGUAUAUGUAUUCAUUGUAGUUGUGUUCACAUGUGCAAUUUGACCUGUGUUUGUGAUCUGAUGUGAGGUUUCAUUUGAAUUUAAGUGUAAUUUGUAUUAGUUCCUUAUUUUGUAGGGUUAAGUGUAGUUACUUUAUCUGUGGAGUCAAACAUACAGAAUGUGCAUGAAUAUACAUCAUGUGAAGUCAGCCUCUCAACAAACUGUGCUAUGUGACCUGGCCUUAUUGCUAGCAUCAGUUUUACAAAAGCAAUAAAUAUUGUUAACUUAAACAUAUUCCAUUUUGCAGCAAUAUUUCUGUCCUGUUAAAUGUUUAUAGUUUUAUACGUUACAACUUGGUAUUCAGCACAAAAUAAGACAUGAGAGAAUUUUUAUAUAUGAGAUAUUGUUUUUGUUAAGAAUAGGAAUAUGUUUAAAGGUACCUAGUGUUAGAUCCUUGAGCGCGGCGUCGCGGCGCGUCGAUAUCUUGUCAUUGAGACUGAUGUUAUCAAUAAGCGUGUUUAUAAUGAGAAGUAACGCCAUUAUUAUCAGGUUCAGCUAUUAAUUUUGGUCCCACCAUUCUGUGGAGUGUGUGAUUCAGCAAUGGUUAAUUGGCAAUGUUUAUUAUAAAGUUUGUUAGCUAUUAGAUGUAGGACUUUGAAUCCAGGCUGUACAAAUAAAUAUCUAGUAAUUCGUAGUGCAUUUUACAUUGUGUACAUUGUGAGCGUCUGUGGUAAUAGUUAUUAGGUUGGAAAUCAUGGGAAGGUUACUUAACCGCUCUGUGCACAUUCAUAUUUAUUAUAAAAUGUUACUGAUGUGACUUGAGCUAUGUCUGAUGCAUAUGAUUGUUGUCUUUGAGUUAGUACUAUGCUCGUUCUAACAAUUGGAACUGGUCAACUUAUAAUAACUACUUGUAAAUCAUAUCAAAUUGUACACUAAAUUGAACAUUUUGAGUCAACAUAUAUUGUAAAUGCAUUCUCAAUCUUUUUUAUGAUCAAUCAAUGUCGAACUUCAAUAAUGAAUUUAUAUUCAAAUCGCUUAUUUAUAUUAUAUAUUUUCUUACUAAGCACUUUGCUUAGAUAAACAAUGUCUUAUGGUGAAAUGUCUAUUGGCAAUUUAAAAAGCCAUAAAAUCAUGUUAUUUUUUAUAUUAUUUAGUUUAUAAAUCAUUACCUAUUUACUUGGUGCCAUAUUUAUAAUUUGAAAAUGGUCCUAUUGUGUAAAUAUUUAGAUAAUCAAUGUUUUUAUUCUCUUUAUAUUAUUCAAAUUAUUGCCUACUUCUUGACAGUAUACUGCUGUGCUAAAUCGGUACUCUUAUCGCAUAUAUUAUGUCAGUAUUAAACUUUGCACCUUUUUAAAUAAUCAAUAAGUAUGUCUUGAAGUAUCAGUGAAUAGUAGAACAAUACUUAAGUAGCUAGUCACUUCAUAUUUGUUAAUUUUUAAAUAAAACUAUGCUAUGUUUCUAAAGUGGCAAUGUUGAAAGCUUGGUGUCCAAACACUUAGAUAUUUAUUAAGAUUUAGCUAGUAGAAUUUAUAGAUUAGUUUAUAUCAAAGUUUUAAAAGUGAGAGUAGACCAAUUCUAAGUGAAAAUCAUGGUACAUUACUGUAGCAAUGUUCAAGUCAAACUGUUAAUUAAUGAUUCUCAGAUAGCUUUCUAGACAUUGUUCAGAGCGACAGUUUUUUAGUGAGAUGUAUUAUCUGUUUUCUAUUGUCUGAGCUGAUUGCCUGUGGACUAAUGAAAUAUUACUACUUUACUUUAGUAAGAAAGUGACAUUCACCAAUUAGACAUUGUUUAACGAUUCUAGCGUUAUUUCGAAAUUCGCGUAAUCUAAUUCGUACAGUUCCGUAGUGUCAACGCAACUUUUGAUUUCUAAGUAUUGUAUUGACUAAUAAGAGUAUCUGAUGUGUACCCCUCGUUGCAGUCAUUGUAUAUAACUGUAGAGUGAUCGUAUCCCCAGUAAUUAGGAGGUUCGGUAUCAGCUUUGAUAACCGCAGUCACAUUUCAUUCCAAUUAGCUUCACAACUUGCUCAUUGACACAAUAUGAACGUUCUAAUGUGAACAUUUUAAGCCAUUUUGGAUAUUAUAAACAUUAGUGUGACAGUAUGUGUAUUUGCGAGCCGUCGUCUUUUUAUAUCUGUGCGUAUUAAAUAUUCAAAUGUUCACAUCUAGAUCUAUUAUAUCGAGUGCCUAUAGCAUUGAAAGUUCAAGUGUAAAAAGUCAGUUAAUUUCAGUAAUUAUUUGUCACCAUGUAUUGAUCUUCCAUAAAAUUACGAUGAAAUUAAAAUAUCGAUGUAACAGUA